AUAUUGCCUUGUAUCAACGGUUCAGGCUGGUGGCUGGUGGUGUCAUGGUGUGGUGGAUCCAUCCUACCAUGUAUCAACGGUUCAAGCUGGUGGCUGGUGGUGUCAUGGUGUGGGGGAUCCAUCCUGCCUUGUAUCAAUGGUUCAGGCUGGUGGCUGGUGGUGUCAUGGUGUGGUGGAUCCAUCCUGCCUUGUAUCAACGGUUCAGGCUGAUGGCUGGUGGUGUCAUGGUGUGGGGGAUCCAUCCUACCUUGUAUCAACGGUUCAGGCUGGUGGCUGGUGGUGUCAUGGUGUGGUGUAUCCAUCCUGCCUUGUAUCAACGGUUCAGGCUGGUGGCUGGUGGUGUCAUGGUGUGGGGGAUCCAUCCUACCUUGUAUCAACGGUUCAGGCUGGUGGCUGGUGGUGUCAUGGUGUGGUGUAUCCAUCCUGCCUUGUAUCAACGGUUCAGGCUGGUGGCUGGUGGUGUCAUGGUGUGGUGUAUCCAUCCUGCCUUGUAUCAACGGUUCAGGCUGGUGGUGUCAUGGUGUGGUGUAUCCAUCCUGCCUUGUAUCAACGGUUCAGGCUGGUGGCUGGUGGUGUCAUGGUGCGGUGGAUCCAUCCUGCCUUGUAUCAACGGUUCAGGCUGGUGGCUGGUGGUGUCAUGGUGUGGGGGAUCCAUCCUGCCUUGUAUCAAUGGUUCAGGCUGGUGGUGUCAUGGUGUGGUGGAUCCAUCCUACCUUGUAUCAACAGUUCAGGCUGGUGGUGGUGUCAUGGUGUGGGGGAUCCAUCCUGCCUUGCAUCAACAGUUCAGGCUGGUGGUGUCAUGGUGCUGGUGGUGUCAUGGUGCGGUGGAUCCAUCCUGCCUUGUAUCAACGGUUCAGGCUGGUGGUGUUGGUGGUGUCAUGGUGUGGUGGAUCCAUCCUGCCUUGCAUCAACGGUUCAGGUUGGUGGUG